AUUUAAAAGUAUAUUUUUUUUUUUUGAAUUUUUAUCUUGCCGUAUUUGAGGUAAAAAAAAAAAAAGGGAUAACGUCUUUUUGGUAAUUAAAAGUUUAGGUUAUGCCCUGGUGCAACAGGGGGUUUGGCAGGUAAAAAAAAAAAAUUGUACUUUCUCCUACCACAAAAUCAGCCACUAAACGUCCGGGUUUAGGUCCUGCCCUUGACCAGGGCGGACAACAGCCUCGGGCAUAACGUUGAAUAUAUAUAUUUUUUUUUUUACCAACGGAGGGGGUGAUUUUCGACAAGGGGAAGUAAACUGACCAAAGGUAGUCACAUCGUUUGUCAGUCUUGCGGAAGUAUCGGAACCCCGAGGGCAAACUACUGUGAAGACAAAUAUAUAAGUUUGUUUUUCAAUAUUUUAAAACUCAAAAAGCUAACUAAAAGUAAAACACGUGAUAUUUUUUUUUUUAAUAAUUAAAAAAGUUUUUUAAAAAUAUUUCAUCAGUGAUUAGUUAAAUUUAAUUAACAAUUAAAUAAUUUUGUUUAUUUUAAAUUAAUUAAAUUAUAUCUCAAGUGUUUUUAAUGGAUAGUUAUGAUUUUAUUGUCUGACGUAUCACAAAAGUGUUAGGUGAACAUAAAAAAAAAGUUUUAUUUAAAAAAAAAAAAAUACAAGUUAUAUUUUUUAUCGAAAAAUAAUUAUAAUUUUUUUUUUUUGGUUUGAUAAUUAAUAAACAAUGAAUUUGUGGAUAAUUAUUGCUAUGCUUGUGGUUGCAGUGCCAUCGGUACUGCCCACUGACCCCAGCAAGAAUAAAAAUAAAGGUCGUGGAUCUAUGUGGUGGGGUAUUGCUAAAACUGAUGGAACACCAGAACAAACAUCAACACAAUUAGAUCCAGCAAUAUUUAGUACAUUGAGACAAAAACAACGUAGAUUAGUACGUGAAAAUCCAGGUGUACUUGGUGCAAUAUCACGUGGUGCUAAUCAUGCAAUAGCUGAAUGUCAACAUCAAUUUCGUAAUCGUCGAUGGAAUUGUUCAACAAGAAAUAUUUUACGUGGAAAAAAUUUAUUUGGAAAAAUUGUCGAUCGUGGUUGCCGAGAGACCGCAUUCAUCUAUGCUAUCACGAGUGCUGCUGUGACACAUAGCAUUGCAAGAGCAUGCAGUGAAGGAAGCAUACAAUCUUGUUCAUGUGAUUAUAGCUAUGAAAAUAAAGGAGGAAAAAUGCAUGAAUGGGAAUGGGGUGGAUGUUCUGAUAAUAUUGACUAUGGUUUUAAAUUUUCACGAGAAUUUGUUGAUACCGGUGAAAGAGGUCGAAAUAUACGUGAAAAAAUGAACAUACACAACAAUGAAGCCGGAAGAAACCAUGUUGCAGCUGAAAUGCAUCAAGAAUGUAAAUGUCAUGGUAUGUCUGGUUCAUGUACAGUAAAAACUUGUUGGAUGCGUUUACCAGUAUUUCGUACAGUUGGUGAUAAUCUUAAGGAUCGUUUUGAUGGUGCAUCACGUGUUUUAAUAAAUUCUGAUAAAAAUCGUGAUACAUCAAAUGCAAUAAUGAGUAAUUCAGCAAGUAGUAGUAAUUCAGUACAUGGUCCACGUCAAGGUGUUGGUCGUCGUCAACGUUAUGGUUAUCAAUUAAAACCAUUUAAUUCAGAACAUAAACCACCUGGUGUUAAAGAUCUUGUAUAUAUUGAAUCAUCACCACCAUUUUGUGAAAGAAAUCCAAAACUUGGUGUACUUGGUACACGUGGUAGACAAUGUAAUGAUACUAGUAUUGGUGUUGAUGGUUGUGAUUUAAUGUGUUGUGGUAGAGGUUAUAGAACAGAACAUGUUACUUCUGUUGAAAGAUGUAAUUGUACAUUUCAAUGGUGUUGCGAGGUAAGGUGUGCAACAUGCAAAACAACAAAAAUAAUUCAUACGUGUUUGUAAUAUAUUUAUGAGUGUAUAUUAAUUAUUAUUUUAUAUCUAAUAUUAUUAUUAAUUAUUAAUAAUAAUACUAUUAUUAUUAUUGUUUUAAUUGACGCAUGCUUAAGUUUGUCCUUCCUGGCGAAGACAACAAUUGAUUGUUCAAUUAUGUCUGCAGCGUUGCUUGGGGGAAUAUGUUGGCCCCCAGUUUGUCCAGUAUUAUGCAAGGAUUUUAAAAAAAAAAAUAUUAUUUAUUGAUUACGUUCAUAUGAAUGUUAGUUAAAGACUGAACACUUAUAUGGAUUAAUAGAUUUAGGAAUGGGGCUAGGGACAAAUGGUGAUGAUUAUUGUUCGUUUUUUUUUUUUUUUUUUUUUUGAAAAUAAAAAUUAUUUUUCGUUCUUUUUUUCAACAUUUAAAUUUCAUAAAUGAUAAUAAUAAAAUGGACAGUGUACAUACAGAGCAAGUCUCAAAUCAAUAUAUAUUUAAACCUCA